AGCAAGCAACCUCUCCCAGGCGUUGUGCCCCCCGGGAGCCAAAGGAUUGCCAUUGUGGCCAUGGCAUGUCGCUUGCCCGGCAUGGAGAUCUCCAACAUGGCAGCCGUGCUGCAGGCGAACACAGAUUGCAUCACUGUGGUGCCGGCGGAUCGUUGGGAUGUCAAGGACUACCCUGACAUGCCCAGCAUGGGCGGUUGGUUGGCCGAGUCGCCUUUUCACAUUGAUCCGAUUUUCAGCCAGCUCAAGCCCGCAGCACAGAAGGUCACUGACCCGCAGCAGAACCUGGCACUGGAAGCAUCCUGGGAGGUAUACAGUGCAGCAGGUUUUCAUGCUGAGAAGUUGACUGACGUUGCUGUGGCUGCUGGUGUCAUGAAUUUGGACAGCAACUUGAUGUGGGAUGAGAAAUCUUGCAAUACCUACACCGCAGCGGGUAACGCCUCUUCCAUGAUCAACGGGCAGAUCAGCUACAUGCUGCACCUGACUGGAGACAGUGUAUCGAUUGACACAGCCUGCGCUUCGGCGCUGUCCGCUACGAAGUUUGUUUCUUCAUGCUUGCUGGAAGGCAGGGCAGCUGGCAUAUCGGUCGGUGUGAAUGUGAUUGGCCUCCCCAAGAUAACCAUGGCACUUGAGAAGGCAAAGAUGAUCAGUGAUCGUUGCAAACCUUUCCACAAAGAAGCCAAUGGAUACGGCCGUGGCGAGGGAGUUGCUGCUGUCGCAUUGAGACCCAUGAUGGCCAUGGGUGCCUCGCAGGUUGAGCCACACGCGCUCCUGGCCGGCAUUUUCCAGAACUCCGACGGCCGGAGCGUAUCGCCCAUCACCAAGCCAUCAGUGGAGCAACAGAAAGCGUGCAUGGCCAAGGUGUGGCAGGACGGUCUCAGCUGUGGCGCCAUGGAAUGCCAUGGCACUGGAACACCUACUGGUGACCCCAUCGAAGUCAAGUCGGUGGGUGACAUUUUUGGUUCACAACUCACGUGUCUUGGCGCCUUGAAGGGCAACAUCAAUCACACGGAGUCUGCGGCUGGACUUGCAGGCUUCAUCAAACUGGUGAAAGUGGUCCAGCAGCACACAAUGUUUCCUCAUGGUGCGGGCCUUUGGCGGCCGGAUCUAUCCAUCGAAUUGGCCCCAGCAUUGAUGUUGUCCGAAAACUGCCAGGCUUUGAGGGCAGAUGCCAACGCUGCUGGCGUCAAUUGCUUCGGCUUUUCCGGCACCAACGUGCAUGCGAGGAUCCUGCCCUUGCCCGAGGAUACUUCUCUUGAGGCUGUGCAAAUCUCUGAUGCACAGGUCUUUUGUUGGCUCCCAAAGGGUUGGAACUUCCGAUUUUGUCACUGCUAAAGUUUAGCCUUUUUGACAUGUGGCGACAUGUGGCUUGAGCAAG